CACACUCGCUCCCCCAUUGCUUGCGUUCUUUCCUCUCUCUUUUGCUCUCGAGUCUUCACCUUUCGAUGCUCUCGCUUUUAGCUUUUUCGUUUCUCUGCUAAGCUUCUCUUUUGGGUUAUCAUCGGUCGCUCUCUUGGGUCCAUUCUCUCUCUAGAGACGGACAUCGAAUUCUGCCUCAAGUUCCGAUUUUUACAUCAGUGAAGACCAAGAUUUUUGUGCCCAUUUGUGUCUGUGGUUCGUUUUGGGGAUACCCAUUUGGACGUAGAGGCAUUAGAGGAGUUGUUUCAGAGUGUGAGAACUGGAAGCAAUGGCGGCUCCGAAAGCAGAAGAAAUAAGCCACCCUCCAAUGGACCAACUUCAGGGCUUGGAGUAUUGCAUAGAUUCCAACCCUUCUUGGGUGGAAGCGAUAGCUUUGGGCUUUCAGCACUACAUUUUGGCCUUGGGAACAGCAGUGAUGAUCCCUUCAUUUUUGGUUCCUUUAAUGGGAGGCACUGAUGGUGACAAAGUGAGAGUAGUGCAGACGUUGCUAUUUGUUGAGGGAAUUAAUACACUCCUACAGACGCUUUUUGGAACCCGGUUGCCAACAGUUAUAGGAGGUUCUUAUGCGUAUAUGGUCCCUAUUAUAUCGAUAAUUCAUGAUUCCAAACUAGCAAGAAUUGAGGAUGAUCAUUUGAGAUUCCUUAGUACGAUGAGAGCAGUUCAGGGCGCUCUGAUUGUAGCAUCAAGCAUCCAAAUCAUUCUUGGGUACAGUCAGAUGUGGGCAAUAUGUUCCCGGUUCUUCAGCCCGCUAGGUAUGGUACCUGUGAUUGCGUUGGUGGGCUUUGGUCUGUUUGAUCGAGGUUUCCCCGUGGUUGGAAGAUGUGUUGAAAUUGGCAUCCCUAUGCUUAUUUUGUUUAUAGCCUUCUCCCAGUACUUAAAGAAUUUUCAUACAAGACAACUGCCUGUACUCGAACGGUUUGCCCUCCUUAUAUCAAUCACUGUGAUAUGGGCGUACGCACACCUCUUGACGGCAAGCGGUGCAUACAAACAUCAUCCAGAGUUAACUCAAAUCAAUUGCCGGACUGACAGGGCCAACCUGAUAUCCUCUGCUCCAUGGAUAAAGAUUCCAUACCCUCUUCAGUGGGGUGCGCCUACAUUUGAUGCUGGACAUGCUUUUGGGAUGAUGGCUGCCGUGCUGGUCUCAUUAAUUGAGUCAACAGGAGCAUACAAGGCUGCAUCUCGUCUGGCUAGUGCGACACCUCCUCCAGCUCAUGUUCUUAGCCGCGGCAUCGGAUGGCAGGGAAUUGGCAUAUUGCUGGAUGGAAUGUUUGGGACAUUGACGGGCUCGACAGUCUCAGUAGAAAAUGUAGGUCUUCUUGGAAGCACUCGAGUCGGAAGCCGUAGGGUCAUUCAGAUUUCUGCAGGCUUUAUGAUUUUCUUCUCGAUACUUGGAAAAUUUGGAGCACUGUUUGCUUCAAUACCAUUUACGAUCUUCGCCGCUGUGUACUGCGUUCUGUUUGGUCUUGUUGCUUCUGUGGGGCUGUCAUUUUUGCAGUUCACAAACAUGAACUCAAUGAGGAAUCUCUUCAUUGUGGGCGUAUCUCUUUUCUUGGGCUUGUCUGUUCCCGAGUACUUCAGAGAAUACACAUCCAAGGCCCUCCAUGGUCCUGCUCAUACCAAGGCAAUAUGGUUCAAUGAUUUCUUGAACACCAUCUUCUUCUCGUCACCGACGGUCGCGCUGAUCGUGGCCGUGUUCUUAGACAACACUCUAGAGUACAAGGACAGUGCCAAAGAUCGGGGAAUGCCGUGGUGGGCCAAGUUCCGGACGUUCAAAGGAGACAGCCGGAACGAGGAGUUCUACACUCUUCCCUUCAACCUCAACCGUUUCUUCCCGCCGUCGUGAAGUAAUACAGUCUGUGAUUGCCGAUGAAUUUGUAUGAGGAAAAGCAUCAUUUCCAGAGGGUAGUGUGAGAGCUGUGUGUGGUUAAUCUAGUUAAAGGUGUGAUGGAAUGGAACAGAGUUCAAUGUGAAACCUUGGUCACCCCUGUCAUUGAACUUACUAUAUAUGUGUUUAACCCAACUAUUAUAUAUGGGUUUAAUGCAAUAAAUUUGUUUAUUUUUUCCC